CUCGGCGAAGGUUCCGGAGCUCGCGCGCGCCCCCCGCCCCGCCCCGCCCGCGCCGCCGCUGUCACUCGCCGCCCGGCUCCGGUGCGGACACCCGUGCAGCGGCAGGUAACUUUGAGAGAUGGCGGAGCAGCGUCAGGACGUCACCAUGAUGGAGGAUCAUGCAGCUGGCCAGGAGAAGCACAUCCCAUCAGGCUAUCCCCUUCAGAUACCAGUCGAUGAUGGAUCGGAUGAGCCUGUUUCUGAAACAUCUGACGCUAAGAGCACCCCAACUACGGAAGAUGCCACAGCACCUUUAGUGGAGGAAGGAGACCACGAGGAUCAGGGUGGUGUCGAACAGCACGGGGAGAUCCCAGAAGGAACCACAGCUGAAGAGGCGGGCGUAGGAGCCACCCCCAACCUGGAGGACCAUGCUGCAGGAGAUGCCGCUCAAGAGGAGCCAAGCUCUCCAAAGCUACAGCCUGGCCCUCAGGAGCAUGUGGGAGAUGCCAUAAAAAGAGAAAGCCAGCCCACAAAGCAGGUAGCUGGGGUUCUUCAGCAGCCUCUUCUCUCACAUGAAACGAAGGCUACAACAGCAGCUCCCACCAGAAUUGAGGUCACCAUCCCAAUACCCCUGGAUAUGUACCAAGACUCCAGACCGUCUGAAGACGACGAUGAGUUGUGGGAUCAUCGAGGCAGAGAAGGCAUUGGUGUGGAUCCAGCGUUGGGAACAGAGCUGGGUCGUGAUACACGCACUGAGGGGUUGGCAGGAGCAGGUGGCAGAGAUGACUCCCAUUUCAAAGACGGGCCAUCUCCUUUAUAUACCAGUGCUCCAUUAAAAGAAGAUGCCAGUGGGCGGGAAAUAGAUGAGGACCGUGAUAUUGAUGAAACUUCUGAACAGGAUUUGCUUUCCCUGGUGGGACAGAAUGUUUCACCAGGACCUGAAAUGGGCUUGUGUCCAGAAUCAGCCAUGGAAGGUCAGGAAGAGUAUGUCUUUGAAGAAAAUAAGUCCAAAGAUGUCCUCAGAGACAUACCAAGAGAGGCACUUUGUGUUGAAACUGAAUCACAUAAAGCAGAAGAGGACCAAGAGGGGAGGAGAGAGCCAUUGAGGGGGGUAGAAGAGACAGAUGUCACCCCAUCAAAACCUUCUGAAAUCAUCUUCCAAAAAGAAGCAAGGGCAGGGGAGGAAGAAGAUUCUGGACCCGUGAUAGAAAAAGCCAAACUCCCCAUUGAGUUAAAAGAUGACGUGGAAGACAAAGAUACUGCUUUGGAAGAGGCUGUGCCAGAUACAGGGGAACGCCACACGCCCAAGAAGAAACCUUGUGCCCACGUUGCAGAUAAAGCCGUCAGUCGCGUCCCUCUCCUAAAAGGUCGUAUUAACAGCAAAGACAAGGAAGGGACUGAAGCUGAGGAAAAGAAACCAAAGAAAUCCUCAUCUUCCACUGCCAAACCCCUAGGCGAUAGACCCUCCAUUCCCCCCCAGCGACACACCUCCUCUAGCACAACCCCUUCGAAAACACCCUUCAGCCCUGCUUCCACCUCUAAAAGAGUCUCUUCUGUCACAUCCCGACCUGCCAGUACAGGAACACAAGAAACAAAAGCCAAGGGCCCGGAGAUGAGAGGUGGCACGAAGACGGCCACGCCGCGGUCUGCAGCCGGGCAGGCUCAGAGGAACUCCACCAAUGCCACGCGCAUCCCAGCAAAGACACCCACAGCCCCCAAGACACCCCCCAGCUCCGGCAGAAAGGAGCAGAAAAAACCACCUCCUGCAGCAGCAAAGUCUGAGAAAGGUGAGCAGCCAAAGUCUGGAGACAGAAGCGGUUACAGCAGUCCCGGCUCCCCCGGGACUCCAGGCAGCCGUUCCCGCACCCCCUCUCUGCCCACCCCACCAGCCAGGGAGCCCAAGAAGGUAGCAGUGGUUCGCACACCACCGAAAUCUCCUGCGUCUGCCAAGAGCCGCAUCCAGCCGUCGGCCGCACCCAUGCCUGAUCUGAAAAAUGUGAAGUCCAAAAUUGGCUCAACUGAAAACCUGAAGCACCAGCCCGGAGGCGGCAAGGUGCAGAUUAUUAAUAAGAAGCUGGACUUUAGCAGCGUUCAAUCCAGGUGUGGCUCAAAGGAUAAUAUCAAACACAUCCCAGGAGGAGGCAGUGUGCAGAUUGUUAAUAAGAAGUUGGACUUUAGCAGCGUUCAAUCCAGGUGUGGCUCAAAGGAUAAUAUCAAACACAUCCCGGGAGGAGGCAGUGAUGGGUGGCCUCUAGCAGACAGUGACGUAGUUGCUGAUGCAGUAGAUGGAUAGAUUUAUAAGCAAAUGCAGUCCUCGUUGCUUAACCUACUGCUAAAUUGGACAUGACUCUGCACAGCAUGUGAAAGAGCAGGUUCCCGCUCACUCCUACCAGGCAAGUAUAUGAUCCAUGCAAAUAUUAAGCUUCUCCUUGCUAAUGAAUGUCUGGCAGUGCCCAUGGAGGCUGAGCCUAAAGUAAUAUUGAGCUAAUGGAUUUCAACGCUGGCAUUUCCAGCCGUUCCCAGAUAAAUAGCCGGGCUCAGCUUUCAGUAAACUGUGACAGAAACCUGGAGAAACUCCACAGAGGUUGGUGGAUUUACACCAGUCUCUCCGGAGACAGAGUUUGGGUCCAGGAAGGAUGAUGGACCGAGGAAGGCGCAUCACUGAGACCCCAAACAUUGCCACCCAGGGUCUGUGGUUGCCUGAUCUGUGACCAUCUGAGGAAGCAAUCUGGUGCUUCUCAGAUGUUCUCGAUGGAUUUUCUUUGUGUUGUUUUCCAUCUCUGUGGAUGCCCUCCCUGAGAAACUGAGCAUUGCGGAGGGCGUGGCGCUUAAGCAUUGGGACCUAACUGGGUUUGCAACCUCCGUCUUAAAUUUGAUGUCAUUCUGCAUUUAUUUAACGGGCCAGAGGAGCUGCUUUGCGGAGGUCAGACCUCUGUGAAGCAGGUUCCGUGCUUGUUCUGCUCUUUCUUGCCCCAGGGUCCUGCACUGGCUGGACUCCUGGUGCGUGGUGGACCACUUAUUACGCCAGGAGUUAGUGUUCGUCACGAAUCAUCUGUGCUGUGGCUGGAAAUUAGCUUCAGCACAAGGUGGUGAGCUCAUCCUUUUCUCCAUGGAGAGCUCACACCAUGGGCAAGCAUUUGCAGCUGCAGUGGCUGCACAGGGUUCAGAAUUACCUGGAUUUUUGGCUGGAGGUUGUCAUCCCUCCCCAGGCUCUGCCAGCAGUGAAAAUCGUGUGAUCACUGCCUGGCUGCAUUGACACAGAAAGCAGCAGCUUAGCUCUGGGUGCGGGCACUCGGAGCAAAGCCAUGUGCUGACGUGGCCAGAGCGUGGCUGCGCAGGCUGCCCUGGCAGCAGAGCCGUGCCUUGGGGCUCCCCUGAUAGAGGGGCAACAAGAGACCACCGCAGUUCGAUGGCCAUUAUGUCUUAAUCCUCCACGAUGCUGUCAGCAGUGACUGCCUGCCCAGCCCUUGCUGCUUCAAGAGGAAUGAACUGUUGCUACAGUAACCUGGGGUUGGUAUCUUUUUUUCUUUUUUUUUUUUUCUUUUUUUUUUUUUUUUUUUUCUUUCCCCCAAGCCAGUGGAUGCUCUGACAAAGUGAUGCAUUAGGCAAAAGCUGACCUAAGCAUCGCUGAUGCUGAGAGGUGGGAUCCCCAGGUCUCUGGCACUGGUUUCCCAGGCAAGCAACUCAGUGCCCCUUUUCCUUUCUUGCUGGAAUGGGGAGGACCCUUCUCUGCUCCCCCACAGGAUGGUAAGGGUUAAUGGAGUCCUGUCUGUAAAAAAAAUGGGAACUGGAAUGAGAGCAGAAAGUGUUUCAAUUGCCGAUUGCUUGCUCUGGAAAUGGGAGCUUGUUCAGUCCCAGGCCCCAACGGUGCCUGAAUUGCUCACAGGCCCUUUGGGGUCACGGCUGGGAUUAGAAAGGCACCAGCUCUCCUUUUGGAGUCUGUUUCCUGCCUUCCGACUGAAUCUAGCUCUCUUCCUGCCCAGUGCAUUAAACGUGUGGUCUUCCCCCAACGCUGUCUUCAUGUCUGUGUCUGCCAUGUGCUCCCAGACCCCAGGGUUGUUUUUCUCCCCUCUCUCUGUCUCCACUCUCUGUCAAAUGUGCCUCUUGGUAUGUGUGAGCAUUGGAGACAAGGCAGGCCCGUGUGCACGGUGCUCUGGCUCCGGGACGGCGGCACCGAGCCUCUGUUCCCCCCCUCUUUUUCCUGGCUGUGUGAUGGAGGGGGAGAGUGUUUCUCUGUGGUGUGCACAACCACGGUCCAGCACCUGGCUCUGAGGGUGAUGGGGCCAACGUGAGAGCUGAAGGUUGCACCUUCACCCCAGGGCUUUUGAGUCAGCACAGGGUGCUCAGGUGCGAUGCAGAGCAGUGCCUACGGUGAAUCCUUUGUGCUGCUUCUCAGCCGUGUUGGUCCGCAGGUUGCCUGGCUGCUUGGAGAGGAGUCAGCUCCUCUGCAAAGGUCCCUUUGGUGUUAGCACAUCCUUCCUGAGACCUGGGAGAGCAGCACGCCCACCGUGGUGCUUGGUGAAAACACGGAGAGCAGCGUACCCUCCCCUUGAAACCCAGGCUAUUCCUGAGAGCCAGACGCUUCCCAGCGAGUAGGAACCAACCUUGAGGCGUUGGUGACCCAGUUUCUCCUGCGCAGCCCCACUGACUACACCGACAGCUGAUUCACGCAGAGGCAUGAGUCCAAAACCAGGGUCCAAGGUCACCUCUGGGGGCAUGGGAAUGUUUCCUCCCCCCUUUGUCUCCCGAUCCCGAUUUCUCUGGUGUGUAUGUGCUGUGGUUUGCCAUCCCUGACACGCCUGGUGGUCCCAGACCUCUCCAGUCGUUGGUGUUUUCCAGUGUGGUGUUUAACCUCUAACGUAACCACUAAACAGCUCCACGUUAACCGUUCCUCGUGUGUGCGUCCCGUGUGACCCAGCUGUCCGAGCCCAGGAGGCCGCCGGCCCCACGCCCGGGCAGCCCCAGCGCCGUGGCCGCUCUUUGAAUGGGGCGGCUCGGGUGGCGUUGCUGGAGCCCACGUUCAGAGAUAGAACGGGUGAAACAAGUCAAAACCAGAGCAUAAUAUCACAAGAUACCGCUGUGGUUCAGUAUAUUAUAACUGCCGUUUUAAUUUGUAUUAUGUGUACUCCUGCCAGAUAUUUAGACUUUGCUUUGCUUUUUUUUAACCCUUAUUUCCGUUACAGCAUUUUUCAGAAAUGCAUAUUUUGGUCACUCUUUUAAAAGUUCUGUGCACAUUGAUCAUUUCUGUUCUUUCAGUUUUUGUGGACAUAAGCUUUAUGUUUUACACCAGAAAAGGUAUUUAUUUUUUACGUUUUCUCUCUGGUAUAUCUCCUUCUUUCGGAUGAUGUGUAUGCAAAUCUUAAUUAAUUACCACUCCACUUUCUCUCUCACUUAAGCACUUUAAAUUUGCCUCUACUUCCCCCCCUCUGUGGAGAGGUGAUCUUGUGCAUGCUGACAUGUUAAGAGAGGCUACUGCACACGGGCAUUAAUGAUCUCCCAUUUCCGAUGACAGUUUCUUUUGUAUUAUUAAUCUUACUGGGGUUUAAGCUGUCCUUUCCCUUGAUCAGGUGCCGGUGUGUGUUGUGCCUCCCCCUCCCCAGCUUGCCCGCCGUGGCAAUAAGCUCACUGCCCUUUCCUUUCUCGUA